AUCCCGGAACAGCCAAUGGUUACGAUGGGAGGUGGGACCUGGCAGGCUUAGCCCGGGAUAUUGGCAUAAAAAAGGAGCCACCGGACCCAGGGCUAAGUGAUCCCCCAGCAGGACCUUCAAGUUUCCUUAGAGGUCCGGUUCUCGCCAAGUCCCGCCGCUGCUGAGCCGCUCAGGUUUGAAGCAUGAAUUUCUACCUCUGUUUAGCUUCCCUGUGCUUGGGGAUGGUAGCUGCUACUCCACAACUUGACCGGACUUUAGAUGCUAAAUGGUACCAAUGGAAGUCACAACACAGAAGGACCUAUGGAGCGGAUGAAGAUAAUUGGAGGAGAGCAACAUGGGAGAAGAAUUUGAGAAUGAUUGAAAUGCACAACCGGGAGUACAGUGCUGGCAAACAUGGUUUCCAGCUGGAAAUGAACAAGUUUGGUGAUAUGACCAAUGAGGAAUUCAGACAGGUGAUGAAUGGCUUUAGACAUGACAAAUUUCAAAGGAAGGCCAAAGGAACUCUGUUUCGCGAACCUCUCUUUGUGAAGACCCCUAAAUCUGUAGACUGGAGAGACAAAGGCUAUGUAACUCCUGUUAAGAAUCAGGGUCAGUGUGGUUCUUGCUGGGCAUUUAGCGCAACUGGUUCCCUGGAAGGCCAGUGGUACCAUAAGACGGGCAAACUUGUUUCACUUAGUGAACAGAAUUUGGUUGACUGCUCUAGGGAUGAUGGCAACGAAGGCUGUAAUGGUGGUUUAAUGGAUAAUGCCUUUCAAUAUGUGAAGAAAAAUGGAGGCAUUGAUACAGAGGAAUCCUAUCCCUAUGAAGGAAAGGAUAGAGACUGUCGGUAUCGGCUGGAAUGCUCUGGUGCUAAUGUCACUGGAUAUGUGGACAUCCCAUCUGGGCAGGAAAAGGCUCUUGCAAAGGCAGUGGCAUCGGUGGGUCCCGUCUCUGUUGCUGUUGAUGCAGGACAUCCAUCCUUCCAGUUCUAUCAGUCUGGUGUUUAUUAUGAACCAGGAUGCAGUAGUCAACAGCUAGAUCAUGGUGUGCUGGUUGUGGGCUAUGGUGUCAAAGAAAAUGGAAAGAAAUACUGGAUUGUCAAGAACAGCUGGGGUGAAGAGUGGGGCCAAAGUGGGUACAUCUUAAUGUCCAGGGACAAGAAUAACCACUGUGGAAUAGCAACAGCAGCCAGCUAUCCUGAAGUAUGAUGUGACUGAAGGAAGACUGCUUCACAGAGAGAUGGGACUUGACCUGUAUCAUUUGGGAUCAAACACUUGAAUUGCCCAGGAUCCAAGUUGUAAUUUGAGUUUCUUCUGACGUUUUUACAUUUGUGAAAUAUAAACACUACUUUGUUAUAAAUAGCUUGUAAUAUUGCUUAAUUCAAAGACAGAAAUUUUCAUUUUAAAAUUGUAUGUAUAAAGCUUUACCUUUUUAAAUAAA